AUGGUACUACAGUAUGAUGAGAGCGUUCGCAACCUGCUGUAUCGGAGAUCAUGCCAAUACACGCAGGGCGAGCGCUCUGGAGGCCACGUCGAAGAGGCCGCCGACCUCGUCGAGAGGGUGAAGAACUUCGCGAAGCGGUAUCCUGGUAGUAGGACAGCUCAUGCUUGCAGAGCUGAGGGGGGAUGCACCCCCGACGCUAUCGCUGAAGCCAUCCGCUCAACAUGUCGGCAGGCGAGACGCGACCUGUUUGAAGACUCUCUGAGGGAAUGGAGCUCAGAGUCGAGAGCAUGGUUUAUACAACAGAUGGAGGAGGCCAAGAAGCAGAAUGUCGAGACAUACAUCGGCGGGCGAGGGCGCGCCGCAGGCCCCAGACACGCCCGAUCGCAGGGAUCUGGGCGCGCCGACUGGCAUGAGCACGGAUGA